GUUAAAAUGGAGCCUCAGUAUUCAAAAAUGCCAGAGGUUAGUCAUUUCACAAAGAUCAUAAGAUCGUAAGAUUCUUGAUUAUUAUAAGGUAUUAUACUUGGCAGCAAAAAUGUCUCCUCUUAAAAUUGCUACCAAUUAGUAAAUUUAUGGUAUUGUGUUAUGCUCUAACUUAUGGUUAUUAUGGAACAUAGUAUUGACGUUGUUGUACAAAACACCGCCAAGCACAGCAACCAGCAAGAUGUUACUAUAGAAGUAAAAUAAUAAAUGAGCACUGUGAUGUAGCCGAAUUAAAUUCUUUCUCUGCCACAUGCAAUGUUUUGGCAAUCAAUGGACUAAAAAUAGUGGCUUGUCAAACUGGAAAAUUUAUCGUCCCCUGGAGCUGACGUCAAACUUUUCAGUCAUCUUUUAAUAGUGGGUCUUUCUAGAAGUGACCACGACUGAAUGAUAUCCGUCAUCCUGCUGAGACAAUAGGCAGAGGUAGCAAAGAGAAGGCGACAACGGAGACGACAACGCGCAGAUCUCAAAACCGACAUGAUAAGAAUGGCAAAAUGAGCACCAGAAGUCAGGUUCACGCGUUUUUCUUAUCUGUCAUCGCAUUCUCUUUGCUAAUUCUGUCUAUUAUUUCAAGGGCUGGGUCGAAAAACACAUUACAAUUAAUUCAAUGAUCAGUAUCAAUGUUGACACUCUGAUAUAAUAAUUUUGGACAACCUCGUCCCCAGGGCGCUUUUCCCUGGCUUUGGAGUAGGCGCCCCACCUCCAAAGCCAGAGAAAAGCGCCCUGGGGACGAGGUUGAAUUUUGGUAAGAUUUCUUCUUGUGACAGUCACGUGACUCUUACGUGGCAUUGGUUUCUACGAAGGGCGAAUGCGGACGUCACUUGAUACGCAGUUCUUGGGACUCACAGGGCAGGGAUACAGGACAAGUGAGUUAUAUAAUAGCCCUGCAAAAAGAAAUGCACUCUUUAGGGCUUUCUUAUACAAUAAUGGGGUAUACUACUAUUUUUUUCAGGAAGUUAAGCAACUUCAAAAUGAAAUUGACAAGUUGAGUAGGCUUAGACAUCGGAGAAUUGUGCGUUUUCAUGGAAGUGAACAAAAGGGAGACUUCAUUUAUCUAUUUUUGGAUUUCAUGCCUGGGGUAAGAGCUUUUUAAUCCAUAGGUGCCCAUUGUCCUUGACAAGGUUUAUUUGCUUGCGCCAAAAAGUGGAGAUAAGCACUAAUGCUCCCUGUCAUGAGUUAUCCCUUUUAACAGCAACAGCUUUCGACUCCGAAGUUGUACAAAUGUACUCCCGUCAUCUGUUACAUUAGCCUUAAUUUUAGUCUUCAGCCGUCUCCUCUAUUCGCAAACUCCCGAGCCAAUAAUGCCGUCCGGUGAUGUCACUCUUUCCCCGGAACCGAGUAGUGACAUUGAUUAGUUGAUUGUAGAAACAUUCACAUAAUUAUGGGCAAUUAUGAGAAUACAUGUAUAUUAUAUUCGGCGGAUCGCAUGCUUGCGUAGGGUUUAGAAUUUCGACAAUCUUUAUCGUUAACAGGAAAAUGAACUUUUUCCAGUUCUUGUCUUUGAAACUAUGACUUGUUUAGUUAAUCUACGGGUGAAGAAUCAAUACGGAAAGUCGGUGGGUUUUCAUGAUCAGUUGGAGCCUUUUGGGGUUUUCGGCGGUGCUUUAUAGGCCAAAGCAGUCUACUCAUCCAUGUGUCAUGCUAGCAAAUUAUCAAACUUCCUGCAAUUUCCACUGUCAAGUGUAACGAUUCUAUUGGUUUUCUUCCUUGGUUUGCAUCCUUUUUUCAAUUAAAGCAAAUUGAAGGAAGUGUCCAGGCAAGUGCGUAUUUCGUUCUUACUUCAAGCCGCUAUCGAGUUAAGGGUCUUUCUAACUUUUGCCAACUUAAAAAAAGGGGAAAAUAAAAAGCUUACCCUCCCCCACCCCUGCACGCAAUAUUUUUACGCUUUCCGAGCUACUUCUAGGGAACAACAAACACCCCAUAAACUUUGAAAGAAGAGGAGUGGGGAGGAAAAUGGAUUGUUUCGUUCUCUGAAGAGAAAAGUUUCAACAAUUUUUUCCGCCGAUUGUGGCUACCAUGUUGCGAGUAUCCAUCUUAUGUGGUGAAGAAUUAGGACCCGACCUUUAUGGUGUGUGCCUGCACGUUGACUUUCCAGUAUACUAACCUCUGCGCCAUACAGGCAACUGUUAGAUAAUAGCGUUGAUAGUCAGUUAGUAAAAAAGAUCAGCAACAUUUUUUACAAGUCGCGAUUUUCUUUGAAAAGUAGGGUCCGCUUUAGCGCCAAUUUCGUAAGAAAAAAUUUCUACCACCAGUAAAAUCGGAUUAUCUCAUAUAAUUGCCGUACAAUGACUGUAAUUCUUCACAAAGUUUCGUAGCUAUCGCGUUAAAAUCGAAAAUAGGUUGUGACUAAACGUUCGUCAUAGGUCAAUGCACCUAAGUAUUUUCAAUAACGAACGUCCCUUAAAAGGUGACUUCGCGUUCUUUCAAUCUUUAUCGCGAUCAUUCCAACUCACUUACUUUGUCACUGAAAUGUAGGCCAACAUUCCUGUAGUUGAGGUUGUGCAGCGACCCCUCGCGACAGAGAAGUGUCAAGCGUUUAGAUAAUCAAAAGGAAAUCAAAGUGAAAAUUAAAGCUAGAAUGUAAGCGUAGCGAAAUUUUAUUAUUUUUGCAGGGUUCAUUGCAUGACUUCAUAAAACAAAGAGGAAAACUUGAUGAACAGUUAACAAGGAAGUUCACUCAGCAAAUACUUGAGGGGGUGGAUUAUCUACACUCAAAUGAAAUAACGCACCGGGACAUUAAAGGUAAAAUCAAUUUGUCUUAGCCAGCUCAUAGAACCUACUAUUUUCUCUUUAGAGAUCGUCGGGCGCGCAUGUGAAAAUAUAAUCCCAAGGUCAUCGGUUCUACUCCUAACGAAAACUACUCCUUUUUUUCUGAGCCGCCUGUGCCACUGACUGAAAAAUCAUGUUUCCUUUGUAUUCACCAGGCCCCGGUUGUUCAAACGUUGGAUACUAUUAUGCGCCGAAUAAAUCACUACCCAGCGUAUAAGUAUUAGGGAAACCAACUGAGUUAUCCACUGGAUAGCGAUUUAUCCAGUGGAUAGUGUUUUCAAUCCUUUCAGGUCUUUAGAGCGACUGAGGCCAAGCUCAAAAUUCACUCUCACGUCUCUGUCAUUGCGCAUACGUAUAUAUUGACAUUCUAGUCCUAGCAGUAUGCAGGAUGUUUGUCACUUGAACCUAGUUUAGUGGCCUUAGCUCCCACCAGUCUCCUGUAGCUUUGAGUGGAAGAGCAUCCGCACUAGUAAACAGACUGUCAUAUGUUCAUCUUCUAUUGGGAGUACACGGAUUUUUUUCUCCCGACCAGCCCGUGUAACUAACCGAAAAAUCAUCUUUGUUAUGUAUUCACCAGGCCCCGGUUGUUCAAACGUUGGAUAGUGCUAUGCACCGGAUAAAUCACUACCCAGUGGAUAAGUAUUAGGGAACCCAAUUGAGUUAUCCACUGGAUAGAGAUUUAUCCAGUGGAUAGUGUUAUCCACCCUUUAAAGCGACUGGGGCCAGGUUCAAAAUUCACUAUCACAUCUCUGUCAUUGCGCGUAGGUAUAUAAAAAGCAGCCCGUGUCACUGACUUUCUCAAAGAUCGUAUUAAUCAUGAUUUUUUUGUGGUGGGGUUUGUUAAUCGUUGAUCUCACGAUAGUCUCUGUGUUAUUUAUCACCGUGUUUCGUUAGUUUAGUCGCAACUGGCUGUGCAGGGCGGUUAGAAAGACCGUGGUUUUUGGUGAUUGGUGCGUUUAGUUCCUGUGCUAAAAAUUUGCUUGCCCAUCGGCCCACCGUAACUUUCUUCUCAGCGUCAUCUUUAUUUUUGCCAGGACCGAAUAUACUUUUGGACAGCGACAGAUCUGUGAAACUGGCUGAUUUUGGUGUCUCAAGAACAAUUCAGGUGUAGUAAUAAUAGCUGAGAAGGUGUGCAUUAUUAUAAAAAUAGCAUUAUCGAAACGUUUCCUCUUAUACGGUGGAGACAGAUCAGAUUUAGUUUCGUAUUAUUAAUAAAUUGCUCUAAAUACCAUACAUGGUAUGACAAAUAUUAAAAGUCUCAUUCCACGAUUUUUUUUUUCAGCAGAAAACGCUUUAGUUUGGAUGACUCUUCGUUACAUGUGACGGUUUUACGUUAACCAUCCUUUAGGCGUACGCUUUGAAUGUGGCACUAAAAUUAAUGCAGCUUGUGAAAAUAACUAAAUAGUAACUAAAUAAAUCAUCAUCAUCAUCAUCACAAAAUACCUCGAAUUUUUACUUUUAAUUGGAUUGUGUUCUUGACUCAAAGGACGCUCCCCCUCAAAAUGUAACGUAAGUUAAAAUUGAUCACAUAAAGCCAAUUACACACUCACCAACUGAAGUUACAGAAUAUCUAAAAAGGCGUCAAGCUGAUAGUAACCAUUGGAGGCAUAUUUUGUCAGUUCCCAAAGUUUAGGUAAGAAUUUUUUUACAACGCUUGAGCCUUCUUUUGAGAGACAUUUGUGAACCCGAGAAAGAACAAGCAUUGUUUCUCCCAAAGCAAUAAACUUUUAUAACGGACCUAAGAGGUCACCUCCUUCAGCCCAAUUCUGAAUAAAAAUUUAGUCGGAGAAUGCUUAGUUAUUUUGAGCUUGAAAAGUUUUUAUUAUUAUUAUUAUUAUUAUUAUUAUUAUUAUUAUUAUUAUUAUUAUUAUUAUUAUUAUUAUUUUUAUUAUUGUUAUUAGAUUAUUAUAAUUAUUAUCCGUCUGUGCCAGUGUUAUGGCAGUUUUGAUACUUAUCUACUUACUGAUCAGUUCUCCUUUUAACGUCGGUGACCUUCAUGAUCCUGAUGAGUUGUGGGGCUCAAGUUCUUUGACUUCUCUGAUUGAAUGUCGGUUCCCGCAAUCGAUUUGGAUCAUUUUACAGGUGAUAACUGUAUGUUUUGUUUGGUGAAUGUUCUUAUUCUCUCUCGUCUUUGUAUAACUAGAAAAUUGGCACUAAAACAGACCUGACAUCCUAUGUUGGUACUACGUACUGGAUGGCACCGGAGAUCCUAUGGGGAGAAGGAUAUGGACGCAAAGUAGACAUCUGGUAUGUCCAGAGAACAGAACUACAUCUAUGGCUGGAUUUCGUUGAGUUUCAGUAACUUAUUAAUAGCAAUUUCAUUUUUCACUUCCCUAACACCUUCUGAAUGAGUCAAGGUUCACAUAAAAAUGAUAAAUAAGUGCGGAAUAACGGAUCUCAUUUGUCCUGAUGAUAAGACUCGAGUUUUCCAAGCAAAGGUUACUGCCAUUUGUGCAUCUUUUCCUUUACUUAAAUUUCGUCUUUCUUUGCAACCUUUAUACCGGCUUUGCAAUUUUGUCCCUCACAAAACGGUAACAUUCCAAACUUAAAAGCAUUUUUUUUAUUUGAAAGAAUUUCUGAUUUUGUAGGGAAGAAAAACUUUUUAAUGUCAAAUGAAGGAAAAUUCGAGUACACACCAACAGCGUAAAAGGCCGGAAUCUUGCGUUUUGAGUUCUCUUGUGCUGGACGUGUGCUUUGGACGUUGAGUAUAAUAUACAUGUAUAUUCAAGUAAACGUUCAACACAAAAUUCGAGUUAGGAUAUAGCCGUCCACUUUAUCUGCAUUCAUUUCUGGAUGUCAAGCAAAGAAGCAUUUGAAGCGAAGCUUUGAAGGAAAGCACGCCGGUAGACGGGCAGAAGGGAUCAAUUCUGGAGUCGUUAUUUUGGGGGAUCGUUUUCUCCAGGAUUCAAUGGCAGACAUCGAUUGUUGUAAUUAAGUCGCAGCUUUACUAAGUCAAAUAUUCUGCUUUUAGGAGUGUUGGCUGUACUGUAGUAGAAAUGCUGACAGGAGACCCCCCUUUGAAGAAUCUUGAACCACAGGCAGCCAUGUUUCGCAUUGGUAGUAAACCCGUCGAGGUUAAACUGCCAGACAGCACCGAAAAAGCGAGAGACUUUGUGCGUGCCGCACUGACUUGGUUAGUAUUAAUGCGUUAUUGA